CCAUUCCUAUUUUUUCGAAGCCCAUAAUCGUUUCCUAUCGUCUUCUCUUCUUCAGACCAUAAUCUCGCGAUAUCAACUGCAAGACCUUUUCUCUUCCUUACAUUCGUUCUUCCUCCUUCUCACGAUCAAUCAAUCCUCUCCCCACACCUUAUUACUCUUUAAUCAUGGAGUUAAUGGUGAAUCAUUACCGUCUCCGGCGAUCUUAACUCCAAGCAACCAAACGGAAACGACGGAGCCGAGGCGAUUAAACAUAGUGGCAAAUCCGGUGCUUCGUGAGCCGAGCCAAUGAAACGUACCGGCGAUUCAGGUGGCUCCUCCGCCGUACCAAUCAACCGUUCCUCCGCCGUCCCGAUCAAACGUUCCUCUGCAAUGGCUAUGAUAUCCUCGAUGAACAUCGCAUAUUCCGCGUCGUCCCGUUUCUUUUCACUGAGUUGAAGGAGAGGGUGUCGGAGGCACAUGGUUUCAAGAAGGUAGAUGAGCCGAUGGGUGUCAAUAUGGUUUUGGUCGAGGAGAAGUAUAUAGUUUCUUUGGUUGAUCACAGUCUACGCUUAAUCAUACCUCUAUUUGGACACCUAAAUACGCUCCUCAGAGAAGGGGCUGUUUACGAGCUCUCCGACUUUGAUGAACGGAAUACAGCAGCAGACUUUAUUUUAUGCUAUGAAGAGAUGCAGCCCUUUGUUCAAACUUUGCCGUUGGUCAUCUUGCAAAAAGAAAUAGUCCUCUCAAAGCUUGUCUCUGGAUUACAUAUGAAAGUUGAUUGCUGUUUUAUCCAGAGAUCUUUUGGACAGCUUUAUUCCCCUACUGCAAUUCAUGUGCCUAAAGCAGCACUGAAUGAACUCAAUGAUGAGCAUGGGCUAGGAUGCUGUGAAUGAGAUACUCUUAUUCUAUGGAACGAAAGAAGCUACUAAAGGAAGAAUGUCUUACUCCAUGGAAACUCUGAAUUUCCCAGUAAUGUCUUACUCCAUGGAAACUCUGAAUUUCCCAGUAAACUCUUAACUUGACAGGUACUGAUAACUUUCCCUGCUUACACAGCUUCAUUUAUCUGCCUCUUAUGAUUGUUAUUGGUUGAUUUCUGCACAACAUGGCCUCCGAAAAUCAAUCAACACUGUACGAGCCCAACAAAGAGAUUGAUAUCAUGUUGAACCAGAUAGCUGCAGGACUAUAAGUAGAUAUAAUGCCAUUGCCAGACCUGAAUGAUCCAGCUAAUUUUGCAGAUUUCCUGGAACUUCUGGUCAGAACAUCCAGGACCCUGACAAGCAUUCAGAGGUUGAGAGCAAGCUGCAUAGGCAAAAUAUACAUUUGGAACAAAGUUCCAGUUUGGAGUCUAUUGGUUUGAUUUAUUUCUGUGCAGGUUGUUAUUCCUUCACCGACAGAGACCCUUUCCUAAUUUAGACUUGCCCUCAUGACUACUUCGUUCGGAAUCAAGAAAAAUAUGACAACCGUUUGGUAAAAGGGUCAGAAGGUCAGCUGGUCAAGUUGAAAUUUGAGUUUCUGUUGCAUCGAGUUGAAAUUUGAGCAGACAUCAUCCUCAUUGGAACCCCAUUUUUCUUUCAUAACUCAAGGUCACCGAUUGUUUUUUUUUUUUUGCAGGUGAACCUAAGAAAUCGAAAGUGUCACAUUCGUAGCUUUAACCUUCAGUUAUAAAGUUAAUCACAACACUAAGUUGCUACCUUUGGUACACUCCCCAAGUCCUACAGAACAGAUGUAUGUAUUUUCUUAAGAAAUACGAGAAAUACUUUUUCAAAUCUUUUGAAGGUAUGUAUUUUCUUAAGAAAUACGAGAAAUACUUUUUCAAAUC